CCAUUUUGCUAAGAUGGCGUCGAACCAAGAGAUUUGAUAGCUGCAUGUUCAAAGUAAUACAAUUUCUGAGUGCUUAUUAUUGUUAAGUUUUAUUUUUUAUUUAUUUUGUGGUGUAUAAGUGAUUUGUUUAUACUGUUAAUUAAAAAAUAAGUGAACACUCCAAGGACUCGAGUGUUACAUAGAUUUGACAAAUCAUGAGCAAUUACGAAGAUGAUCAAAGUGAAGACGGAGAAUUAGCACGAAGUCCAAUUCAGGACGAAAUGGAUUUCAGUUUGUCUGACGAGGACCGCGAUAACCCCGAUUCCUUGGUAAUUAAACCGCCUCAAGCGAUUAUUCGGUCGCAUCGAGACAAAAGGAGUCACAAACGUUCUGGCAAAGACAGGUACAAAGAAACUGCGAGAAAAGAGAAAAAGCAUCUUUAUAGGGACCGUGAUAAGAUGGAAAAAGCGAAACGUGAGGUUGGUAAAGCCAUUGAACGUGAUGAUGUACCCAAGGACUACUAUAGAGAAAAACAAUACUACAGGGAAAAAGAAGUAUACCGCGAUAACAAAGACAUACGAGAAAAGGAAAUGUAUAGGGAACGAGAAAUAAGAGAUAAGGAUGUAUAUAGAGAAAAGGAAGUCUAUAGGGAAAAGGAUCCUUAUAGAGAAAGAGAGCAUUAUAGAGAGAGAGAAUUGUAUAGAGAUAAUACAUAUAGAGAUUUAGGUAGACCAAGGGAAACUUAUAGAAGUAAAGAGGCAUACAAAGAAAAAGAUUUACAAAGGGAUCAUGAUGUAUAUGUCAGUAGGGAUAGACAGUAUAAGUAUUCUGAGGCUGAAAGAAAGCACAUUGAGUCAGAAAAAAUACAAACUACAUCACAGAGGUUACAAAUUAAUGCUAGGUUACAAAUGCUGGCUGAAGAAACUAGGAGUUCUCACAAUAAUGAAAAAGAAAACCGAGAUAAAACUUCUGGUGAUAAAGAAUUAGAAGAUUUAAGAAGCAGAAUAUUAAGUAAAAGGUUGACAAAAGAACUUCAAACACAAGAUUCAAAAAAACACUCUGAUUAUGACAAAGAGGUUAGGUCUGAUUCCAGUAGACAUUCUUCUCUAGAUAAACAACAUUUAGAACGAAAAAACAGAUUGAUAGAAGCAGAAAGAGAAAUGGUUAAAAGGAAACAUGAAUCACGUAAUGAAUUAGAAGCGCGUCGAGAAGACCGUCGCCGCCGAGGCAAAAAGCGUUCCGUUAGUCCAGAUGAAAGCAGGACUAAAAAGAACAAGACAAUGCACUCGCCGAGCUACGGAGAUUCAGUUGUAGAAGUGUCAGAUGCUAGUGAUGUGGAAAUGAAGAGUGACACACACUCUGAACCCGAAGAAGGUGAACAUUCCAAUACAGAAACAGAAGAGGGAAGUUCUACUACUGAUUCAGAAUCUGAUGCAAAAUCAGAUGAGGAAGUUCAAGAAAGUGCUAUGAAUGAAACAGUGACCAAAGAUCAUACAAAAUCAAAAUCACCAUCACCAAAAUCUAUCCAUGCAAGCCCCUCAUCACAUGAAACUAGAAGGUCACACUCUAGAUCAAAAAGUAGGAGUAGGUCCCAUUCAUUUUCCCCACCCCCACCUGAUGAAAAUGGAAAAACUCCAGUAGAAGAAGCCAAACCUACUGAGGAUGAUGAAAGUCAGAGACUCAAAGAGGAGGCCAUCAAUUCACUGCCACCCUACUUCCCUGCACUUCAGGGGUGUAGAUCAGUUGAAGAGUUUCAAUGUUUAAAUAGAAUUGAGGAGGGCACAUAUGGAGUUGUCUAUAGAGCUCGGGACAAAACCACAGAUGAGAUUGUGGCUCUGAAACGGCUCAAAAUGGAGAAGGAAAAAGAAGGAUUCCCUAUUACAUCACUAAGGGAAAUCAACACAUUACUAAAGGGCCAGCAUCCGAACAUCGUCACAGUGCGAGAAAUAGUAGUCGGUUCGAAUAUGGACAAAAUAUUCAUAGUUAUGGAUUACGUGGAACAUGAUUUGAAGAGUCUCAUGGAAACAAUGAGGAACAAAAAACAGGUGUUUCUACCAGGUGAGGUGAAAUGUUUGAUGACACAAUUAUUAAGAGCAGUUCACCACCUACAUGAUAACUGGAUCCUGCACAGAGACCUGAAGACAAGUAAUCUGCUGCUUUCACAUAAAGGAAUAUUAAAGGUUGGAGAUUUCGGAUUGGCCAGGGAGUAUGGGUCACCGCUUCGCCAGUACACACCCAUAGUGGUGACACUUUGGUACCGCGCCCCAGAGCUAUUGCUGUGCUGUAAAGAAUACUCCACGCCCAUUGAUAUGUGGAGUGUUGGAUGCAUAUUUGCAGAGUUUGUCACGAUGAAUCCUCUAUUUCCCGGAAAAUCAGAGGUCGAUCAGUUGAAUAGAAUAUUUAAGGACCUCGGCACGCCGUCGGAGUUGUUGUGGCCGGGCUACAAGGAGCUGCCAGCGGUGCAGAAGAUGACGUUCGCGGAGCACCCGCCGGGCGGGCUGCGCCAGCGCGUCGGCGCCGACCUGCUCUCGGAGAGCGGGCUCGCGCUGCUGCAAGGCUUCCUCACCUACAACCCCGUGAGGCGCCUCUCCGCUGAUGCCGCGCUGGAGCACGCUUACUUUAAGGAGAACCCGGUGGCGAUCGACCCGGCGAUGUUCCCCACGUGGCCCGCCAAGUCGGAGGGCAACCGGCGCACGACGCACAGCCCCAAGCCGCCGGCGGGUGGCGCGGCGUACGCGCAGUUCGCGCGCGCCGACUCGGACGAGGCGCUCGGCUUCCACGUGCAGGCGCGCUCGCUCAACGUCGCGCCCGGCUUCUCGCUCAAGUUCUAGCGGCCCCGCCGCCCUGCGCCGCGGGCCCGUCCUAAGUCGUUGAACUUUGCGAACCUCGGUAUAUAAUCGUGCGUUUUUUCAGCCAGACAGCUGAUUAUGCAGUGACAUAUCGUGUUAGAGAAUUAUCACGUGUGUUAACAUUAUUCUUUAUACAUAAUUCGUAGCGACGUAGCGUUGAAGAGAUAGCCAUGCGCUAAAAUGGCCUCGUUGUGAAACGUGGACUAGUAAGCUACAUUCGAUAUAACUAGAACAUUCUAUUGUACGUACUCUUUGAGCUAAUGUCCACGUUACUGGCUCAGACUUCUACACAGUGUAUACUGAAAAAUAAUGUUGCAUUGCCUGAAGGACAAGGACACAAACGAUGUGAUGUUGUUCACUCUUUGUAUAUUAAGAUCCUAUUUCACAAUAUGACAAGUGAAUAUAAUUGUACUUUUUCUUUUUUUACGAAUCAAAACUUCUCUCGAAGGCUAGAGAGCCUUCUUUGCCUUAAUUGGUACUAUUUAUUUUUGUGUUAGUCACAGGCAAAUUCAAUAGUUUACUGCUUACAAGCGGCGGUGUACAAACUUGGCAUUUUGUAUUUGCCGAGAGUUUACUUUUUCCAAACGUCCAUAAGGAGCCGGUUGCAAGGCGACGAAGCACCGUAUUGAUAUUUCUGUGUAGUUUUAAAGUAUAACGAUCUUAAUAACGAAACCAAAAUUUCCAAUUUCGAAUUAUGGUCAUAAUACAAAAUGCCGAGUGCUUGUAGACUUCGGACGCCGUUUGUAAACUGUGAAAUUAUCCGAUAUAUAUGAAUGAAUGAUCCUCAAAAAAAAAAAAAAAAUUAAAAGCAUUUACUUCGUGGUAUUUUUGCAAGAUUAAACUCAUUAUAACACCUCGAUAUAUUGUAUAACAAAUAUUUUUCUAAGUUGACUGUACAUAUGUUCUCAAAUUUGGCAUUCAUAAUAUUGUUCUCACAUCAUUUUGAGUUAUUUAAAAAUGGCAUAUUUCUGUUUAAUGAACCAGAGAAGAGAAAUAAACUGUGUUCAAUUAUCCAAAAACUACUUGUUAACUGUUAAGACUGUAUCUAAUAUGUAAUAUAAAAUAUUGUCCUAAGAUGGGAGUACUUAUUAUGCAAGAAUGUUUAUAUCUUUGUAUUCGUCAGCCAAUUUUUGAUUAAUAUUUUUUUACUAUAUAAUAAUCAUUAUAAUAUUGUUAAAUGUUAGCCGAAGGUACAAUUAAUAUGGAAUAUACAUUUAUAACUAUGUUUUCGCAAGUAGUAACAGUUUGUUCCAAGAUAUUUGAUCUUAAAUACAUUUAUAAAGUUAUGGAUUAAACACGUCAUCAAUUAAAAAUACUCAAAACUUGUUUGAAUGGUACAUAUUUUUAAAGUGUCAAAAUAUUUUUCUAUAUGUAAAAACAGUCUAGGAAAUAGAUACAAAUGUAAAUACCUCUUAUAAAUAAUGAUUAGCGUUUCUCGAACGAUAAUUAGAUUUAGCAUAUAAUGUGGUAUAAAAUAUACCCAUGUUUUGACAG